GAAUCGGCGAUUGUACCUUAUUAAUAUUACGUAAGAUGAGUAACGCAAUAAAUUUAUCAAAUGUUUAAAACAGACCAAUGAUUGAGCUCAAUGCAUGACCUCUUUAUUAAUAUUCAUGAGCUCCUCGCUGCCACUCCUCCGCAGUGUCUUCCUGUGAUUGUGUUGUCUGUGUCCUAUUGGGCAGAUACAUCUUGCCGGUGGUCACACAUUAUAGAUUUUCACUUUUUCGCGUAAAUUAUUAUUGAAACAUGUCGUCUUUGUAUAAGCCGUUUUCUGUUUCGGAAGGAGCGUGCAAAGAUGCGAUACUGAGACGAGGAUGCACGCCGCUACAGCAUCCUGCAGCGCUGCCCCGGAUUGCCUCCGCCGGCGGGGGCUCGACGCGCACCUUUACCCCAAUUCCUAACAUGUAUCCAGGCCAGAGGAAUCUAGCGGCCGCAGCAAUCGGAGGGAGAAAAAUCACCCACCCGUGGAAGGCUAUUCUCGCAGGUGGCAUUGCAGGAGGCAUUGAGAUCUGCAUCACAUUUCCAACAGAGUAUGUGAAGACCCAGCUACAGUUAGAUGAACGAGCAAAUCCUCCACGCUACCGAGGCAUAGGGGACUGUGUUAAACUGACGGUGCAGGAUCAUGGGUUGAGAGGUCUAUACAGAGGACUUAGUUCACUGCUUUAUGGAUCCAUUCCGAAAUCUGCAGUUCGGUUUGGGACAUUUGAGGUUCUUAGUAACCCAAUGAGGGAUGCCACUGGUCGGCUUGACAAUAAAGGAAGUUUGCUGUGUGGACUUGGAGCGGGAAUUGCAGAGGCGGUGUUGGUGGUCUGUCCAAUGGAGACAGUCAAGGUGAAGUUCAUUCAUGACCAGUGCUCUCUGAGGCCACGCUAUCGAGGGUUCUUCCAUGGUGUACGGGAAAUAAUUCGAGAUCAGGGUGUCCGAGGGACUUAUCAAGGGCUGACUGCUACUCUUCUGAAGCAGGGUAGCAACCAGGCUAUACGCUUUUAUGUUAUGAACUUGUUGCGCAACUGGUACAAAGGCGAUGACCCCAGCCGUGACAUGCAUCCACUGGUUACAGCAUUGUUUGGAGCAACAGCCGGGGCGGCGAGUGUUUUUGGGAACACGCCACUUGAUGUGGUGAAGACUCGAAUGCAGGGGUUGGAGGCUCAUCGCUACAAGAACACGUUAGAUUGUGCAUUCCAGAUUUUGAAGAAUGAAGGCCCUCAAGCGUUCUACAAAGGCACGGUCCCACGACUGGGCAGAGUGUGUCUAGACGUGGCCAUUGUCUUUGUUCUCUAUGAGGAGGUUGUAAAGCUACUGAACAAUGUCUGGAGAACAGACUGAAGACGCACCAGGUUGCAGAACUGAUCGAGACAGACUGAACUAUCCAAACACAGUUGGCCACGUCAGUCAAGUCUAAAGAUCUAGACUUGAACAGUGAUCUCUGGCCUAGAGGAUUUAUACCAUCAAUCUGUGUCUGCAUUGUUGAAUCCGCGAGCUUGAGCCAUGAGAAAGAACCUGUAGCUUACGGUAUAUUUAUUGACGCACAAAAAUAUUCGUACAUGAGCAAGCGUUUCAUCAUUUUGCACUUCAGUAAAAUCGUGUGAAUCAUGUGAACAAGUGUCUUCUCACCACCAUGUCGUGAGACAGUCUACUUAUGUGGCAUGAAAUGUAAUAGCACAACCAUGUACACAGAAAUAUAAAUGUAAUGCAAAUGAUCUUUUGUCUUAGUUAACAUGUACAGCUCUGAAAAUGUGCUUCAAGUCUCAAAACUGGUAGAGGCUCAAGACAUUUGUGAUUCUCGAUAUAAAACUUGCAUGUCGAGUGCAAUCAUGAAGACCAGGGCAUUCAAGCUUGAUGUUUUUUAUUUUUAAACACUGUAAAUGGCAGCUUUUUUUUAGUUGUGCAAUUUGUUUAUAAGCUUCCUUGUUCUUAACACAAGCAUUUCCCACAAAGGUUGCUUAUUCUGUACUAGUCAUGCUACUUUUGUUUUAGUGUCCGAUAUAUAAGCAGUGCUUCUUCACAACCGAUUCAACACAGAUUCAAUAAACCAAAAAGGGUCA